AUGGGUUUGUUAGGGAAGGAUCACUGCAUAAGGUGUGAUAGAGGAGGGGAUGUCUUAGUCUGUAGUUCUAGUACCUGUCCUCUGGCUAUUCAUGAGAAAUGCUUGGGUUUUCCUGUUGAAAUUGAUGAAAAGAGUAAGUUCUACUGCCCCUAUUGUGUGUACACACAAUUAGUUGAAGACUCGCGUCAAGCUAAGGAAAAGGUUAUGUCAAGAAAGAAAGCUUUGUUGGUUUUCUUAGAUGGGAAGUUGAUGAAUGGAGACUGCCAGCCACAAGAAUUGGGAAAUUCCCAUUGUAAAGAACAAACUCAUCAAUUAGAUGCCAGAAAUAUCUGUAAUCCUCAUUCAGAAGAUGAUGAAAAUCAACCUAACAAGGUUAAUUCCCCUAAGCAUAUUCUCCUAGACAAAGAUGGCCAACAAGACAGAGUAGCUGCUGAUUGUAGCAAGUGUUUUCCACAAUCUCGAGAAGCUGAUGUAUUAUGUCAGGGAAAUCAUUGUGAUGGUUUAGGUACUACAUAUGGGGACAUUGUCAAAACAAGUGAUAAGCAUGAUCCCAAAUUGGUGGCAGGACAUCAAACAUUGUCGGGACCUAUAGUUGCUUGUGGUCAGGAUCGUGUGGAUUCUGAAGACGAGGAAUCAGUAAAGCGGUUCAAAAUGGUAAAAAUUGGUAAGAAAGUUCGAUUACAGCCUCAACUAAAAUGUGAUGGCUACCAACCUCAGAAACAUCUUGAAAUUCACUUUGAGGCCAAUCAUUUUCCAUUGCUGCCUUCUGAAGAUGAGGAAACAGGAAAGAGGUUCAAAAUGGCAGAAAUUCACAAAAAUAUUUCCUUAGAACCUCAACAGAAAGAUGUCAUAUACCAACCUCGGAGACAGGUUAAAUAUCAGCUGGAGGGCAACCAUUUCGUUGAUCCCCUUGUAUCAAGAGAAGAAAAUCUUUCAAAAGCUAGAAAGGUGGGUAAUGAUGCAAGGAUUGUUCAGGAGGCUAUCGUCAAUAAUGAAGGAAGAAAACAGGUUGAGGGACAGGUAAACAAAACUUCUGCAUCUUCACAGAGUGACCUUGCAUUGCCGGUGCAUUUGUUGGAGGAAAGGGGGUCUGGGGCUGAUGCUUCGAUGUGCACUGACUCUGAGAGUUCUGUAACUGGGAAACGAUGUAAAUAUGAUGGUGACAGAAGAGACAAGUCCUCGAAUGAAAACUGCUUGGGGAUUUUUCGAAAUUCAGCUGCAGGAUUGAGAGCUUAUGUUGAUACGUUAGAGAAAAUUGUUGCUGCCAGAGAGUCAAGAAAACUAAUUAAGCCAGCUUCAACAAUUGACUUGUUUUCUAGUGGGAGACGUAAAAGCUUGCCAUGGACAGAUGAGGAGGUCAAUAUGCUUCAGGAAAGUGUCAGAAUUUUCUCGACCAGUAUGAACAAGAAUAUCCCUUGGAGUAAAAUACUGAGCUUCGGCCGGCAUGUCUUUGAUGGAACUCGUAAUCCAGUUGAUCUCAAGGAUAAAUGGAGGAGGUUGACCAAAGAGAGAUAA